AUGCCUCUGUCAAACAAUCUUUUCGAAAUGGACGGCUCAGACAAUAUUUACGACAAUAUCAACGAUGACAGCAUGUCGCCGCACGACACCAACGGCUUCUCCUUCGGCGCCUUUGACGGCGAGACCUUUGUCGAUGUCGACCAGAGCGCCUUCGCCGAACCCCUCUCCAGCUCCACGUCUCCUUUUCAGUACGCCAUGCCGUACGACAUGGAGGUCGGUGCGGAGGCGAGCUUGCCCAGCCCGCAGACCAACAACCACUCGCCUGCCAGCACUGGCGCCGUGGACAUGAUGGGCGUCGGCCUUCUUGGUGUUGCGGAGUCGCAGAUGCCCGUCGUCUCCGCACACAUCCGCAGCAACCCGGGCUCCUUCUCGUCCGUGGCUACGUCCGCUACUGCCGUGUCCCAGAUGGCCACCGGUAUGGCCGGCCUCGACGUGGACGGCCCGCUGAUCAAGCAGGAGCUCUCGCCUGGUCCCAACAUGGGCCAUGUUACGCCCCCCAUGGACACGGCCGUUCUUGCGACCAUGCCGAGUGCGCCUUUUGAGACUGCCCCUGCCCCCGCCGUCCCUGCCGCCCCUGCCGCACCGGCUCCCAAGGCCCCUGCCAAGCGCAAGCGGGAGAACCGCUACAAGAACGCGCCUCCUGCCGUGCUGUCCCGCCGCCGUGCGCAGAACCGGGCUUCGCAGCGCGCCUACCGCGAGCGCAAGGACCAGCGCAUCCGCGAUCUGGAGGCCGAGCUGAACUCUGCCCGUUCCGAGACCGAGAGCUGCAAGCGCCAGAUGGCCAACAUGCAGCGCGAGAUCAUGACCCACCGCGUCGGCAGCACCCUGGCCGCGACUAACGGCCCCGGCCCAAACCAACCGCCGCGUGCCAUGUCCAUGUCGGCCAUGCCGCCUCAGAUGCAGAUGCUGCACAACGGCCAGAUGGUUCGGAUGCAGCAGAUGCCCCUCAACAUGAUGAACCAUCCUGGCAUGGUCCCCAUGCAGCACGGUUUCCCCAUGAACCCCCAGGAGAUGCAUUCGCAGGGCAUUCACCCCCAGGGUAUUUCCAUGCCUCCUCAGGGUAUGCCCCCGCAAGGUAUCCCGCAGCAGGGUAUGCCUCCUCCUCAGGGAAUGCCCCCCAACCAGGGAAUGCCUCCCAACCAGGGAAUGCCCCCUAACCAGGGUAUGCCUCCCAACCAGGGAAUGCCUCCCCACCAGGGCCCGUCUCCCGAUGACUUCAACAUGUAA